AUGGGCAACAUGAACAAGCCCGAUUGUGGAACCAACAUAGACGAUGAAGUCUAUAAUUUACCUCUUCACAUCGCCGCAAUCUUCAUUGUUUUCUUGGCUUCUAUCACUGGCGCUGGAUUUCCGGUGUUCGCAAGGAGAGCAAAAUGGAUGAAGAUCCCGCUGAAGGUCUUCUUUGUUUGCAAGCACUUCGGGACAGGCGUAUUGAUCGCUACAGCCUUUGUUCAUCUCGUACCCACCGCUUUCGCUUCACUUACCAAUCCCUGUCUACCAAACCUCUUCACGAAAAGGUUCACUGCUAUGCCUGGUGCUAUCAUGUUGAGCUCAUUAUUGACGCUUUUCGCCAUCAACAUGUGGCUCGAUACCAGAACAGGGGGACAUAGCCAUGGAAGCGCAACUGGUCUUGAAUUUGCUGGGGAUCUUGCGCCAUCAGACAUUGAACCUGGAUUGAGAAUUUCUGUUCCGCAUCAAGGCCGUCAUGACUCCAACAAAACCACCAAUGUUCGGGAUGCGGAUGGAAAUUGGACUCUGGUCAAUAUUCCACCUCCCAGGGCAGACGUGGAUGAGGAUGUUGAGCAUGAAGUAGAUCCAUUGAUACUGAAAAAGCAGUCUCUUCAGAUCACGCUCAUCGAGGGCGGCAUCCUCUUCCAUUCGGUCUUCAUCGGCAUAACUGUCUCCGUUACAGCAAACGGUUUCAUCACCCUUCUAAUCGCCAUCGUAUUCCACCAGAUCUUUGAGGGUCUUGGUCUUGGAUCUCGUAUUGCUGCCGUACCUUAUCCUAGAGGAAGCUGGAAGCCAUGGGUACUUGUCACCGCAUAUGGAACAACCGCUCCAAUCGGUCAGAUCAUUGGACUUGCUACUCGAAGCACGUAUGAUCCAAAUAGCGCGUUUGGUCUGGUCCUCGUUGGUGUGUGCAACGCCAUCUCCUCUGGUCUUUUGAUAUAUGCUUCUCUUAUUGGUCUGCUUGCUGAGGAUUUCCUGUCUGAGGAAGCGAAUCGUACUCUGACAGGCAAGGACAAAACUGCAGCGUUCUGCUUUGUGCUUAUGGGUGCAACUGUUAUGACUAUUGUUGGAGCUUUCGCGUAA